CUUGGGCGCCGGUGGAUUGCAUCAGCGGGUCCUUCCAGGCUAGUGGCUGUGGCGCGGAGAUCCCGGGAACCGCAGCGCCCUUCAGGCCGCCUCCCGCUCCUCUUCCCCCGGCCGUCGCUUUUGAGUUCCGUCCUCUCUUCCCGGUUCGCCGAUGUCCGAGGAGAAGGCCAGCAGCCCUUCAGGGAAGAUGGAAGGCGAGGAGAAGCCGGUGGGUGCCGGCCAGGAGAGGCACAAGGAAGACGGCAAGAAGAAGAACAAAGAAGGGUCUGGAGAUGGAGGGCGAGCGGAGUUGAAUCCUUGGCCUGAAUAUAUUAACACGCGUCUUGAGAUGUACAAUAAACUAAAAGCAGAACACGACGCCAUUCUGGCAGAAAAAGCAGCAAAAGAGAGCAAGCCCAUCACAGUCACUCUGCGGGAGGGUAAGCAGGUGGCCGCGGAGUCCUGGAAAACCACGCCUUACCAGAUCGCGUGUGGCAUCAGUCAAGGCCUGGCUGACAACACUGUUAUUGCGAAAGUGAAUAAAGUUGUCUGGGACCUAGACCGUCCUCUGGAGGAAGAUUGUACCUUGGAGCUUCUCAAGUUCGAGGAUGAGGAAGCUCAGGCUGUAUAUUGGCACUCAAGUGCCCAUAUAAUGGGUGAAGCCAUGGAAAGAGUCUAUGGAGGCUGUUUAUGUUACGGUCCACCAAUAGAAAGUGGAUUCUAUUAUGACAUGUACCUUGAGGAAGGGGGUGUGUCCAGCAAUGAUUUCUCGUCUUUAGAGACUUUAUGUAAGAAAAUCAUAAAGGAAAAACAAGCUUUUGAAAGGUUGGAAGUUAAGAAGGAAACUUUACUGGAAAUGUUUAAGUACAACAAGUUCAAAUGUCGGAUAUUGAAUGAAAAAGUGAAUACUCCAACUACCACCGUCUAUAGGUGUGGCCCCUUGAUAGAUCUCUGCCGGGGUCCUCAUGUCAGACACACUGGCAAAAUUAAGACUUUGAAAAUACACAAAGUAAGCAAUACAGCCCAAGAGGCUCUCUCCAUAAUUGCACAUCCGAGAUGUGCGCCUGUUUUCUUUGCAUUUGGGAGAGGCCCAGAGGAAAGCAGGAGACAUCAGGACCAUAGUCUCAAGAACAGUGACGUCACAUGUACAAGCAGUGAGCAUUCUUUGUUUUCUUCUUUGCAGGACCAGGAACUGUAUUUCUUCCAUGAACUCAGCCCUGGGAGCUGCUUCUUCCUGCCGAAGGGAGCGUACAUUUAUAAUACGCUUAUCGAGUUCCUCAGGAGUGAAUAUAGGAAACGAGGAUUCCAGGAGGUGGUCACCCCAAACAUCUUCAACAGCCGGCUGUGGAUGACCUCGGGCCACUGGGAGCACUACAGCGACAACAUGUUCUCCUUCGAGGUGGAGAAGGAGCAGUUCGCGCUGAAGCCCAUGAACUGCCCGGGACACUGCCACUUGGAAUCCGUGCUUUUUGACAGCCUUUCAUAUACGCUCAGAGAAGCGGUUUAUUGUAUUUUUGGGGUGCUGCACAGGAACGAGCUGUCGGGGGCGCUCACGGGCCUCACGCGGGUGCGGCGGUUCCAGCAGGACGAUGCGCACAUAUUCUGCGCCAUGGAGCAGAUUGAGGAAGAAAUCAAAGGCUGUUUGGAUUUUCUGCGUACAGUGUACAACAUAUUUGGGUUUUCUUUUAAACUGAACCUGUCUACUCGGCCGGAAAAAUUCCUUGGCGAUAUUGAAGUCUGGAAUCACGCUGAGAAGCAACUAGAAAACAGCCUGAAUGAAUUUGGUGAAAAGUGGGAGUUAAACCCUGGCGAUGGAGCUUUCUAUGGUCCAAAGAUUGACAUUCAGAUUAAGGAUGCCAUCGGGCGCUACCACCAGUGUGCGACCAUCCAGCUGGAUUUCCAGCUGCCCAUCAGAUUCAACCUGACCUUUGUGAGUCAUGAUGGAGAUGAUAAGAAAAGGCCAGUGAUUAUCCAUAGAGCCAUCUUGGGAUCCGUGGAAAGAAUGAUCGCCAUCCUCACUGAGAACUAUGGGGGCAAAUGGCCCUUCUGGCUGUCUCCUCGCCAGGUAAUGAUAGUUCCUGUGGGACCAACAUGUGAUGAUUAUGCCCAAAAGGUGCGGCAACAAUUCCAUGAUGCUAAAUUCAUGGUGGACAUCGACCUGGAUCCGGGCUGUACAUUAAAUAAGAAGAUCAGAAAUGCACAGUUAGCACAGUAUAACUUCAUCCUGGUUGUCGGUGAGAAAGAGAAAGCCAGCGGCACUGUGAACAUCCGCACGAGAGAUAACAAGGUUCACGGGGAGCGCACUGUUGCCGAGACCGUGGCGCGGCUGCAGCAGCUGCAGCAGGCCCGCAGCAAGCAGGCCGAGGAGGAGUUCUAGCACGGCCCGACGGCCCAGCGGGAGAGGAGCGGAGUCCGUGGUGCUCAUUCACUGUGCUCUGGAGGGCCUUGAUUUGUCCUGAACCUGGAUUGUGUGGCAGAGUCUGCGUAGGUGACUGCAGGGAGGAACCUGUUUUGACCUCGACAGGUUUUCGAUAAUGUGUAUCUGCUGGCGAUAAUUAAAAGAGACUCAUUUAAAUGAUUUUAUUCAUUAAUUACCCGAGCACUGGAAAUAGAUAACAAGGAAUGCUUUAGUGUGAUGAGGGAGAACAUUUUUUUUUAAUUUAAUGCAAUGGAAAAAUAAGUUUUCAAAUUUGAUUUGGGUAAAAAGAAAGAUUAUAAUUGGAUUAUGGCAUAAAAAUAAAAACUUUAACUCGUGUAAAUUUCAA